AUGCGAAACUGCGCCAUCGUCCUCACCGUGCCGAUCUACAUCUUCGGGGCGGCGUACGUCGUCUCACCCCUGAUGGGCUGGCACCUGGACACGGAGAGCAUGGUGGCGUGGUUCGGGGCACUCCCCGUCGGUGUGAGGGUGGCGGUGAAAGGUGUGUGGGGAUUCGCGUUCUGCUUCCACGUCAUGCACGGGCUGAGGCACCUGGUCUGGGACACGGGCAUGAUGCUGUCGAACAAGCAGGUGACGGUCAGUGGGUGGAUCGGACUGGGCAUCAGUGUGCUGGGGACCGUCGGGUUGAUCUUGUGGUAG